AUGUCGCCUCCUGACGAUGUCUUCACUCGUGCUCUGGCACCUCCGUCCGAGACUGAGGAAUCGGACAGUGAACUGUCCCCGGAAGUUCCAGCGCAGAAGGAACUACGGACAAAGCUCCUUGCCUGUGAUCAGCGCUCUUUUCUCACUGGAUCUGCAGUCGCCGAUCUUCAGGCAGCACAUAUCAUCAAUGCUGUCCAAAAAUCAAACUAUCAGAUGCGCAAGAUGCGGGUGGAGGCAUUACUUAGCCAGCUGCGUUUACAUCAUCCCAGCCAGGGCUGGUUUCUUUUGGACGGUCCCAGCAAUGCGAUCCUCUUGGAACCAGGUCUUCGCUUUCAGUGGGACACUUACGGAACAUUCUGCUUUGAACCAGCCGAGCCUGAUGCGAAGGCUAUACUCCAUGCAAUGCGCCAGUCUAACCAAGACUGGAGGAAACGUUACGAAGCGACUCGCGGUGCACCAGUCAGGCCUCUGGAUACAACAGCACCGCCUUUUGACCAUCCGCAUUGGGACGUCGUCAUCCUUCAUCCGCACGCCCUGCUCCCAGAUGGCCAGCCAAUCUUAAUCUCCCAAACCCGGACCUUUCACCUUCCAGGGCAACCGGUACCAGAAUGCGGACUAUCGUGGAAAGGGUGGAUUCCCUCAAUCGAUCGUCUUUGUUCGAUGUCUGAGCCUCACGAGUCUUUCCCUCCCUUCACUGCCCAGGACGUGCGUAAGCAUUUCAGUUGCCCCAGCAUUUCCACUCUCGCCAUGAUUACCAACGCACAUUGGAAAUUGAAGCACUUCAUGGAGAAGCACGGUGCUUCUGCUACGCCCCGCGUUCAGAGUACGGCUGCGCUAAUGUCCGAUCUCGUCACAGAGAUCUUCUACGUGCCUCCUGGGUACCCUGCUAUCAUUUCGAUUGACACUGCUGUGCGAGACCGCAGCGGCGGACGACAAUCGGCGACGGCAUCAACCCAUUAUCCAGGCGCACGACGCACAACGAUGCUAGAUCCCUCUGACGAAGCCUCUGCACUGGCGAGUGGAAGCAGAUCUUCUGGUGCGCCGCACUUCGAGGCUUCAGAAGCCCCCGAAGAAGAGGACGAGGAUGGGGUAACUAACACAGAGUUCCGACUACUUUCAACACAGGCGCAGGAUCCAGCGCUUGAUAGCAGGCAGCGUGCCAACGCAGCGAUGAUGAUGCUCUUUGGCACACGCCGACCUGCAAAUCCCUAUGUCGAGAGGACUCAGGCAAUCGAGGCUUUAACCAAUAUGCCUGGAGAUGGUGAUUCCGGUGGAUACCAACCUGAUCAGAGCGACAACUGA